CCAAAAAGACCUAAGUGAUAGGCAUCCCUUUCUGUCACAUCCACAACUUUCUGAAGAUGUUUCAGAUGAGAGUCUUCUGUACAUUGCUGUGCUUCAGCAUCGUCUGGGCAGCAGAAGAUGAAGACACCUUUCUAGAGCACGGAGGAGGAGUGCGUGGCCCCAGAAUAGUGGAGCAUAAAGCUCCAUCUCAGUGCAUACAUGAAAAGAAUUGGCCAGUUUGUUCUGAUGAUGAAUGGGGCUCUAAAUGUCCCUCAGGAUGCCGAAUGCAGGGACUGAUAGAUGAAAUGGAUCAGGAUUUUAGUGACAGGAUAAACAAAAUUAAGAAACUGCUCACAGAUAAUCAAAACAGCUACAAGAAGUCAAACAUUCUAAAAGAGGAAAUCACUACCUUUCUAGAGAGAAAUUUGGCCAGUGCACAAGAGCUUGACAAUAGCUAUGGACAAAUAUCUGAUGAUCUGAGAAGGAGACUUGUGACGCUGAAACAGAGAGUUGCUGACCAAGUAAACAGGAUUAAAGUGCUGCAGAACACCAUCCGUAAUCAAGUUGGAGAGUUGAAGCGUUUAGAGGUGGAUAUUGAUAUUAAAGUACGUUCUUGCAAAGGGUCCUGUGCUCGCGUUUACAACUACAACAUGGACACAGAGAGCUAUGACAACUUACAGAAGCAGCUCAUGCAAGCCAAUUCCAUCAACUUACAACCGGCAUAUGAAGCGACUCCCUUGAGGGUCCUGAAAAUAAGACCACUGAAGGAAUCAACUGUUCCUACCCAUUACAAAACUGCUCCUCUGUCAGAACAAGAAGCAAACAUACUUAAUCAUAUAAAGCUGAUUGAAAUUGUAUUGGAAGAUUCAGGGGCAGAGUCCAGAGGCUCACUGGUGGACAGCAAGCAUGUUGUGUCGAGAACAGAGGCAGCUGGACAACCGCACACUAGCAAGAUAGUCACUCCUAGUUAUGGAGGGGGUUCCCCUAGUAGUAUAAAAAUAGUCAGUCCUUCCAUGACUCAUGUCACCCAUGCAUGCAUCAAAACAGUCACCAGAAAAGUGAUAAUUACUGCUGAUGGUCCCAGAGAAGAGGUUGUUGAAGAGUUUAAAUCUCCGGAUGGUUCAGACUGUGUCCAUUUGAAAGAUUUAGUCAAAGAAGCAGGAGGCAGCUACCAUGUCAAAGUGACCUCUGGUAGUAGAGGAAGUGGUUCACCUGAUUUUCCUUCUGUUCCUCUGGAUGCAAGAGAGUUUUUCACCUCAUCUUCUGGUAGCAGACGCCAUAGCACAGGGACCAUCAGGCAUUCAGAGACUUUUGAAGGACCUGACAUUUUCUCUGAGCUAGGGGAGGGAGAAACAGAUGACUUCUCAGCAUUUGACCACCCCUCCUCUAAAACAAGUGGGACUUCGUCCCAUUCCAGGACAGUUGUGUCCAGCAGCAGUAGUUCUAGUGGCUUCAACAAAGGGGGAUCCACUUUUGAAACCAAGUCAGUGAAAAUCCCAUCGUUUGAGAUGCAACAUGACGACAGUGGAGAGGAUAAUCCUGAUUUUCAGGCACGCAGCUUGAACGCAGGCGGAGAGAAGCGGGGGGAAAGCUACACCGGGACAGACUGUGAGGAUAUCCACCAAAAACACACUUCUGGUGCCCAAAGUGGCAUUUUCAGAAUCAAGCCAGCAGGAUCCGCUAAGGUUUUUUCAGUUUAUUGCGACCAAGAGACCACUUUGGGAGGAUGGCUUCUGGUCCAACAGAGAUUGGAUGGGUCAUUGAAUUUUAACCGGACCUGGGAAGACUACAAGAAAGGUUUCGGCAGCGUGGAUGGCAAAGGGAAAGGAGAGCUCUGGUUGGGCAAUGAAAAUCUCCAUAUACUGACCCAGAGGGACACUGUCCUUCGAGUCGAAGUAGAGGAUUGGGAGGGCAGUGAAGGUUAUGCAGAAUAUAAUAUACACGUAGCCUCUGAAGCAGAAGGCUACAGGCUCACUGUCUCUGAUUAUGAGGGGACAGCAGGGGAUGCUCUUAUCAUGGGCUCAGAGGAAGAUGGCAGUGAAUACACAGCUCACACUAACAUGAAAUUUAGUACUUUUGACAGAGACUAUGACCAAUGGGAGGAGAACUGUGCUGUAAUGUAUGGAGGUGGUUGGUGGUAUAAUAAUUGCCAAGCUGCUAAUCUCAAUGGGAUUUACUACUCAGGAGGUCAGUAUGACCCAAGGAACAACAUUCCCUAUGAGAUUGAAAAUGGGGUGGUCUGGGUGCCCUUCAAGCCCUCUGAUUACUCCCUCAAAGUUGUUAGAUUGAAAAUCCGGCCCUUAGAGACAGUCUAGAUAUCAAGGGAACAACAAAACUUCCAAAACUUUAUAUAUACCUCAAAAUUAUGUGUUUUGUGCGUGUUUUGUCUUUUUGUCUUUUGUUUUUUUACCCAAAGCAACUGAAUGCAACUGCCUAUUAAAUAGAAUAAACAGGUUCAUUCUAAAAGA